CGUUAACACCACGCUGGCCGAGGUGGUCAGGCUGUACCGCUCGAACGCGGCCAGGGCCGGGGGGAGCUGUCAGAAACACCCGGGCCGGCUGCUGCAGCUGUACUGCCGGAUGUGCCGCCAGGCGGGGUGCGGGCAGUGCGUGUCUGAGGAGCACCAGGGCGUCUUUCACUCCAUCAACCUGAUCGACACGGUGUACCAGGAGGAGCAGUUGAACUUCUUCAGCAGUCUAAAAGAAAUGAGAAUAAUAAAUGAGAAGCUGAUGAAUGAGAUCUCCAGUCCUGCAGAUGAUACUGAUACGGUGCUGAGUAAUGAAGCAGAGAUCAUUGCGCUGGCAUUUGGAGAAAUUUCCAAAACUCUGGAAAUGAAGAAACAGCAGUUGACAGAAGAUCUUGAAAAUCAAAGGCGUAAAAAGGAGAAAGAGUUUCAGAUUUGGAAGAAAAUGAAAGAAACUCACAAGAAAACCAUUGAGAAUCUUUUGAACGAUUGUGAGAAGCUAGUUCAUGAAUGUGAUCCUCAGCAAUUCCUGGAGGUGGCCUGUGGCUUGAAUACAAGAAUGAAAACUCAGCUUGACCUGAUGAAUAUAGCAUCCAGCUAUAAAAAGCCACCAGAGAACGCUCAGAAGAAAAUGGAUAUCAAACCUGUGGUUAAUGAAAUCUUGGCUUUGAAAUUAGUGCCACUUAAUGUGGACACAACUAAAGACCUGCCUGCUGGAGGAAAUGAGAACUCAACAGAAAAUAUCAUAAACCAGUGGCAGGACCAGAAAAAUACACCCAACUCAUUUCUUCCAGUAGCAGGACACGAGGAAGCACUGACAGACAGCGGUAGGAUCUGUACUCGCCUCAUGUCAAUAUCAGAAAUGCCAGUGUUUCAAAACUUGAGUCACGAGGAGCUGCGUUACAAAUACUACAUGGAACAUCAGAAUCUUAAUAAGCUCAAGAUACAAACUUUACCUGCGAGUAAAAAGUAUGAGUUUGUGGCUGCUGAGGCUUUGAAGAAAAUGGUACUGACAAAACCAAGAAAGAAAAAAUGAAGUCUCUUGGCAAAACACCUCAAAAUCUAGGAAAUUCUGCGUAUCCAGUGUGUGCAGAGCCUGCUUCUAGACUCAGUCAUCG